GGAAAUUUUUUAAACAUCGAACUAAAUUCAGAAAUAUGAAUCUAUGUGACGUUUUACGUUAUGUUUAGCUCAAUUUAGAAAAGUAUUUCGUGAUAAAGUUGUGAAUUUGGACAUUAUGAAGUUUCUAACUUGGAUUUUAUGGCAUUGGUGUUGGGGGUUGCUGGUGCUUACAGUUAAAUAUUCACAAGGAGAAAAGUUCACACUUGGCUACUUGACGGGUUCAGAACGAAGGCCAGGAGACUACAGCUACCAGCGGCCCGGGAGAGUCAUAUCAGGUGCCAUUUCGAUGGCGAUCGAUGAGGUCAACGAGAAACUCCUCGGGCCAAUGGGUCACUCCUUGGACUUCGUCGUUGCAGAGACAUACGGACAAGAAGAGGUCUCCAUUCGGCAGGUGGCGGCUUUGUGGGCAGCCAAUGUAUCGGCGUUCAUCGGACCGCAAGAGACGUGUGUGCAUGAAGGGCGCAUGGCCGCAGCUUUCAAUCUCCCCAUGGUUAGCUAUUACUGCCGCGAUGUUGCCAGCUCAAACAAACGCGUGUACUCCACGUUCGCGCGCACCAGGCCUUCGGACAUCGACAUCUCCCGCUCCGUGGUCGCCGUGCUCACGCAUUUCAAUUUCAUGCAUGUGGCUUUCUUGUACCUGAAGGCUCCAAAUCAUGACUUUUCGAGACUAGCGAAUGCAAUAAUAGCGGCGCUCAGGGAGAAACAAAUAACAGUCCGGCCAGUACAAGUGUACCGACAGCCUUAUUACUACGAGAACAGGCGGGAAAACUUCAGCCGAAACCCAUUCCUGGACAUCGUUCGAGAAACCUAUAAGGAGACCAGAAUUUACGUGUCGGUUGGAUAUUAUCACGAUCACAUCGGAUUAAUGUUAGCCCUCGACGCUAUGCAGCUUCUAGAUUCAGGUGAAUACGCAGCUAUCGGUGUUGACGUGGAGAAGUACGAAUCUGAAGAAGCGAUCCAGUAUUUGUCUGGACCUCUGCAAAAGGAACCAGGUCCGCGGACCCUGCAUGCGUUUCGUUCAUAUAUGGCGGUUGCACCCUCACCGUCUCCAUCUUACCAAGCCUUUGCGAAGGAAGUAAAUAGAAGACUACAGAUGCCACCAUUUAAUUUCACUAAUCCCUUGCUCGCAUUGGGCGGAGGAAAAGUGAUCCCUGUGGAGGCGGCAUGGCUGCACGACGCUGUGUGGGUAUAUGCGCGUGCGCUGGCAGAAGCUCUCUCCAGCGGUGAAGGACCUCGUGAUGGACGGGCCAUAGCUGCUAGGAUGAGGAAUACCACCUACCAUAGUGUUAUGGGGUACUGGGUGCAUAUGGAUGAGCAGGGCGACGCUGAGGGAAACUACACACUAUUGUCCAUAGACCCGUCACGGCCGCCAGGCCUCUACCCGCUCGCAGUACUACAUAAAUCUGCACCGGAAGUUCGAUUUCUACGCGAAAUGGAGUGGCCAGGAGGCCAGGUGCCACUCUCAGAGCCGCCUUGUGGAUUCAGAGGAGAAAAGUGCGUCAGUCAUAUUGGAGCUUGGGCACUGGGUGCCUCGGGAGGUACCCUGGCACUCCUAGUCCUCGCUGCUCUAGCCCUCUACCGCGGCUGGCGCUACGAACAAGAACUGGACUCACUGCUCUGGAAAAUUGACUUCCGCGAGUUACACUUGCCAGACGAAGAACAACGAGCGAACAAAAUGAAUAGCAAUGCCGCCGGGAACGUUACCUCUUCAACCAAUGCUGUGGGGGGAGAGAAAAAUGGAGGCAGCACGGGUGGAGUCCGGUCUAGCCAAGUCUCCCUGAGCUCAAACCCAGACCUAGACUUCCGUUAUUCAGCUAUCUUCACUGAAGUGGCAUUCUACCGCGGCCGUCUGCUCGCUGUGAAACGAGUCCGCAGACAUCACAUCGAUAUCAACAGGGAAAUCAAGAAGGAGCUUAAAAUUAUGCGGGAUUUACAGCACGAUAACGUGAACGGGUUCGUUGGCGCGUGCAUUGAGCCGCCGAACGUUUGCGCCUUAUCCGAAUACUGCACUAGAGGCAGUCUCAAGGAUAUUCUUGAAAACGAAGAUAUCAAACUGGACAACAUGUUUAUCGCAUCUCUAGUCGGAGAUAUAAUUAGAGGCAUGAUUUUUAUCCACGAAUCACCACUGCAGUACCACGGUGCACUACGACCGUCAAACUGUCUAGUGGACGCUCGCUGGGUAGUCAAAUUAGCAGACUUUGGAUUAAAGGAAUUCCGGAAAGGUGAACUACCUCCGUCGGAAUCCAAUGCUUUGAGAGCUCACAUUGAAGGUUUAGCUUACCUAUCACCGGAGUUACUCCGCUCAGUGGGAUGGGGCAAGGAAACCACAAAUAUGACAGUAGAGUUACACGAUGGCUCACCGCAGUCCGACGUAUACGCGUUCUCCUUAGUUCUAUAUGAGCUGCAUACAAGACGAGGGCCGUUCGGAGGAGAUGCGUUGCCAGUGCCCUCUCUACUGCAUAGGAUUGCGUCACCAGAUCCUGUGCCAUAUAGGCCCCCUCUAGACCCUCUGACUGGUAGUUUUGACUGCGUACGAGAAUGUUGUUCUGAAUGCUGGGCAGAGGAACCUACAACUCGACCGGACUUCAAAGCUAUACGCACUCGACUCAGACCUUUACGGAAGGGCAUGAAACCAAAUAUAUUCGACAAUAUGAUAGCAAUGAUGGAAAAAUACGCAAAUAAUCUCGAGGCUUUAGUGGAUGAGCGGACAGAUCAAUUGCAGGAGGAGAAAAAAAAGACUGAGGCUUUAUUAGAAGAAAUGUUGCCAGCACCUGUCGCAGAGCAGUUAAAGCGUGGUCGACGAGUAAUGCCAGAGAGCUAUGAUUCCGUGACUAUUUAUUUUAGCGAUAUAGUCGGCUUCACGGCCAUGUCAGCCGAAAGCACACCUCUACAGGUGGUAGAUUUUUUGAACGAUCUUUACACCUGCUUCGAUUCAAUAUUAGAAAAUUUUGAUGUCUAUAAAGUGGAAACUAUAGGCGACGCGUACAUGGUGGUAUCCGGUUUACCAAUUCGCAAUGGGAUACUCCACGCAGGCGAAGUGGCUUCGAUGGCACUAGCGUUACUGUCUGCCACGAGGGCAUUCCGCCUGCGACAUCGACCUGACCAUCGACUGAUGCUACGGGUCGGCAUACAUUCAGGUCCAGUUUGUGCAGGUGUAGUAGGUCUGAAGAUGCCCAGGUAUUGUCUUUUCGGAGACACAGUCAACACUGCCAGCCGGUUUGAGUCAACAGGGGCACCUCUAAAAAUCCAUUGUAGUCAAGCUUGCAAAACAUUACUGGAUCAACUGGGAGGUUACAUACUUGAGGAGCGAGGUAUAGUUUCAAUGAAAGGCAAGCGGGACCAGGUGACAUACUGGCUGCGAGGGGAGGAGCCCACUGCGGCCGCGGCCCGCGCGCGGCGCCGGGCGGCCAGGGAAAAUGUACAGACACCCGGUAGUACUGACAAACGAGGGCAACGCAGCUCACUCAAAACUAAAAACUGGAAGAACCAAGUCGGCGGACUUCAUAGAUGUUGCAGUUUAGAAUCUCCUAAAAAAUUACGUUUCGCCUCUGGAAAUCAUUUAGAAUCGCACACAGAUGGUGUUUUACAUCACCGCAGCGAUGAAUACCUCAUGGAAGUGGUUGGAGAAGGACGGCUGGUACCAGCGCAACGAUGUGAUUUAUUAGAGGCACCAAGCCUUCGUCAAGAAUAUACGAGUAUAUCGUGUCCUAUCAUCGAGCACACUGAGUGUAUCCCGGCAGGGCCCGCGCCCGACACGCCGCUGCUGGUGAAGGACGCGCCGCCCUGCGACGCCAAGCCGAGUGACAUCAAGCCGUGUGACAUCAAACUGGUCAUCAACGGCUGCUCCUACAACGAGCGAGAUGGAGCCGGUAUACCACUGCUGGCGGACGCGUAA